AUGCUGCUCACCCUGCGCUUUGCUCUGCUGCGGCCACCGGAGAGGCCAGCCAUGGCUAAUAUGAUCAGAUGUUGUCAGACUCACAACCACAGAACGAACAUCACUGGCCACACCACUGAGACGGAGAGGAGGGGAUCCUCUGGAGUGUCAGACUUCAUUGGUGAUGUGAUUUUUGGUGUCUUAAAACUAGACACUGAUCAUGUGUUCAUGCUAUGGCAAAUCUCUCUCCCCUUUUGCUGUAAGUCUUGAGGAAGUCUUGGUUUUUGCAGGCAGAAUUCAAUAGGCCAUAAUCAGGGCAGUUAGCCAGCGCACAUACAGGGUGAAGCUGGUUUCUAUUUGGAUAUUGUUAUGGCAGAUUUAUCCAGGCUGUGCAAGUAAACCUGUAUACCCAAGGCUAUAAAACAUGUUCCUCUGAAGUUGCCGGCAUCUAACAGUUGGGAGUUACAUCUAUUUACAAAGCUUGUGAUGACAAAACAGUUGACGGUGCGUCACCGAUGGUCGCGCCAUGCCCCUGCAGCAAAUGGGGAGAGAGAGAAACCGAGACGGAGAGAGAGGGAGACAGAGAGAGAAACAAAGAACGAGAGAGCCAAACCUUAAUUUAGACCAAAAACACAGAGGAUAAGCAGGAAGGAACAAUUAGUCAAAUCCCAAACCUUAACUGGCAAAACCCUAGCAGGCUUUUAGUUUUGGAGUGUUCUUCUGCUCCGUGGUCUUUAUUGUGUUUGUAUAGUGCAGCUCACACAAGGCCAGACCAAGCCCCUCUCAGCCUGCCCCUCUCAGCCUGCCCCUCUCAGCCUGCCCCUCUCAGCCUGCCCCUCUCAGCCUGUCCCUCUCUCAGCCUGUCCCUCUCUCUCCCUGUCCCUCUCUCUCCCUGUCCCUCUCUCUCCCUGUCCCUCUUUCUCCCUGUCCCUCAAUUCAAUUUCAAUUUAAUUCAAUUUAAGGUAUUUAUUGGCAUUGGAAACAUAUGUUAACAUUGCCAAUGCAAGUGAAGUAGAUAGUAAACAAAAGUGAAAUAAACAAUACAAAUUAACAGUAAACAUUACACUCAGAAGUUCCAAAAGAAUAAAGACAUUUCAGAUGUCAUGUUAUGUAUAUAUACAGUGCUGUAACAAUGUGCAAAUAGUUAAAGUACAAAUGGGAAAAUAAAUAAACAUAAAUAUGGGUUGUAUUUACAAUGGUGAUUGUUCUUCACCGGUUGCCCUUUUCUUGUGGCAACAGGUCACAAAUCUUUCUGCUGUGAUGGCACACUGUGGUAUUUCACCCAGUAGAUAAGGGAGUUUAUCAAAAUUGGGUUUGUUUUCGAAUUCUUUGUGGAUCUGUGUAAUCUGAGGGAAAUAUGUGUCUCUAAUAUGGUCAUUCAUUUGGCAGGAGGUUAGGAAGUGCAGCUCAGUUUCCACCUCAUUUUGUGGGCAGUGUGCACAUAGCCUGUCUUCUCUUGAGAGCCAGGUCUGCUUUCGGUGGCCUUUCUCAAUAGCAAGGCUAUGCUCACUGAGUCUGUACAUAGUCAAAGCUUUCCUUAAGUUUGGGUCAGUCACAGUGGUCAGGUAUUCUGCCACUGUGUACUCUCUGUUUAGGGCCAAAUAGCAUUCUAGUUUGCUCAGUUUUUUUUGUUAAUUCUUUCUUAUGUGUCAAGUAAUUCUCUUUUUGUUUUCUCAUGAUUUGGUUGGGUCUAAUUGUGUUGUUGUUGUCCUGGGGCUCUGUGGGGUCUGUUUGUGUUUGUGAACAGAGCCCCUCUCUCUCUCCCUGCCUCUCUGUCCCAGUCUCUCUCUCCCUGCCUCUCUGUCCCAGUCUCUCUCUCCCUGCCUCUCUGUCCCGUCUCUCUCUUCCUGCCUCUCUGUCCCCGUCUCUCUCCCUGCCUCUCUGUCCUCGUCUCUCUCUCCCUGCCUCUCUGUCCUCGUCUCUCUCUCCCUGCCUCUCUGUCCCCGUCUCUCUCUCCCUGCCUCUCUGUCCCCGUCUCUCUCUCCCUGCCUCUGUCCCCGUCUCUCUCCCUGCCUCUCUGUCCCCGAAACUCUCUCUUCCUGCCUCUCUGUCCCCGUCUCUCUCUUCCUGCCUCUCUGUCCCCGUCUCUCUCCCUGCCUCUCUGUCCCCGUCUCUCUCUCCCUGCCUCUCUGUCCCCGAACUCUCUUCCUGCCUCUCUUUCCCCGUCUCUCUCUCCCUGCCUCUCUGUCCCCGUCUCUUUCUUCCUGCCUCUCUGUCCCUGUCUCUCUCUUCCUGCCUCUCUGUCCCCGUCUCUCUCUUCCUGCCUCUCUGUCCCCUUCUCUCUCUUCCUGCCUCUCUGUCCCCGUCUAUCCAGAAAGGCAGGUGUUGUUUGGUUUCCCCCUGGCUCGGAUCAUAAUUUUUUCUUUCUCCUCCUGCUUUCUUUCAGCUUUAGCUGUAACCUGUCUUUGCCAGUGUAGUCCUCUCUCUCUCUCUCUCUCUCUCUCUCUCUCUCAGUACCUUGAACAAUUCAGCAGUAGACACCUGCUGAUCUUUGUGUUAGUCAGAGGGGAGGGGCCCUGUAACCUUCCACUUACCCCCACCCUCACCCCGUCUCCAUGAUCCUGCCUCUAACGGCAGAAUAAAGGCUCAGCUGGCUCCUCCUCCUCCAGGGAGUGACCCAACCUGGCACACAGUGUGUGGGUAUUCUCCUGCCAGCUGUCGGCUGCUUCUAGGUGGCUGUAGCAUGACUGGCACUCAGGGCAUGUUGCAGGCUGGCAUUGUUGCCACACCCUGGUACACAAUUGUUGUUGACUGGCACAGAGUAGCUAGCCUUGGGGUGUUUAUGGUUGGUCUCCUUACAACAGUUAUUCAUUCAUUACCUUUAGGUUUGUAUUGUGUUUACAAACCAUCAAACCUGUAUGAUGUCAGACCUGUUGUACACAGCAUACUGCUAGUGUUGUCAGCCACUGAGAUUACAUUGGAAAGUUCUGUGUGUUAGCUAGUGUUCCCAGACUGCCCUUCUAGGAAUAUGACCUAGCAUCAAAUUCCCUUUGUGAUGAAUGUGAGAGAGAAUAAAGUGUCAUUACAUAUAAAUUGUUCUGAGUUGGAUAUUGAUUGGUUAUUAAGACCAUUAUUUUGUCUCCGCUGAUCUAUCAGGCUGUAUUGUACGCCCUCUUCUGGCUGCUGGUGGUAGUCCACUCUACUGAAUAUGCUGCUGACAUAAGCUAGAUAUGACGUUUGUGAUUCUGUUAACAUGUUACAAUGUGAACAUAUGUCUGAUCCUCUCCCACAUUGUUCUGAUAUUAUCUCUGAUAUUCUCUCAAUAUGAUAUAGAGAUUACAUUUGGCUACGGCAUAUGUUGCGACUAACUCAGCAUCGUAGUGUGGUUGCUUUUUGAGUGUAAAAGCUGUGUUUGUUAUAAUAUUGUUAUAAAGUUGUUAUAGUUAACAUAAUAGGUUUUAUCCUUGCUCUCUGCGCUAGGAGAUUAUCUCUAUUUAAAAAUAUAUAUUUAUUCCGUCCAUUGCACUCAUAGUCUGUGUGUCUCCAUGUGCAGUCAGACCUUUGUCCUCAGUAUUGCCAUCAUGUCUCUGUUACUAGACAAGCCAGUUCCUCAUCCAUCCACUGUUCUGCUCUCAGGACCACAGAUUGUAUUGACAUAUGAGCCGUGUCCCUCUAGUACUGUAUCUCGCUGGGUCACCCUGGUAACAUAUGCCUCUGCAUGUGAAGCACUGCAUGGAUCACACUCACCACACUUGGUGUCUGUCACCACAACACUCACCUCUUUCACACUGGUGGUCACCCCUAUCUCUGUCUGCAAGAAGCAGAUACUUAAACAACCAAGCAACACAUGACAUAUUGUCAUCACAGAAGUGUGUCUUUCCUAAAUGUCAACAGAUUGUCCUUUCGUCACAUUUAUAUAAGAAGCAGGUGUUAGACAGUUCUACUUCAGUCCCCACUCCCCAGUAUUCUCCCAGCAUCUCUUUCUCUUAGCUAGCCAGCGCUUCCCUUCGGCCUCGUAUUCCUGAUUGGUGCUCUUCUGUGACCUUUAGACAUAUUGGCUUAUGUGGUGGUUGCUAAGCGCUGAUUGGCAUAACCUAAGUGACACAAUCAUGAGUCCUCAAUCACUGCUUUCUGGAAGCUGGACCAUGACUCACUUAAUCCUCCCACCCUCCCUCCCUCCCACCCUCCCUCCCUUCUUCCUGAUAUCCACCCCCUCUACCUCUUUCUCAACCUCCUCUAUGUGGAUGUUCACCCCCUGCCUCCCAUUCCUCCCCUUUCCUUUCUGGUCCCCCUUCCUCCCUCCUCCAACAGAACAAUGACAACGAGACCCCCCUCCACUGUGCCGCCCAGUACGGCCACACCCAGGUGGUGCGUCUGCUGCUAGAGGAGCUGACCGACCCCACCAUGAGGAACAACAAGUUUGAGACGCCGCUGGACCUGGCGGCGCUCUACGGCCGGCUAGAGGUGGUCAAGCUGCUGCUCACCGCCCACCCCAACCUGCUCAGCUGCAACACCAAGAAACACACGCCGCUGCACCUGGCGUCACGCAACGGACACCUGGCCGUGGUGGAGGUACUGCUGGACGCUGGCAUGGACAUAAACUACGAGGUGAGGACUGCGGAGAACACUGGGUCUGUUGUGUCUCCUGCAUGCUUAAUGAUCAGUUGGUGUGAGAGUGUAGUUGUGUGGAUAUAUAGAGACUGAAUGUGUCCAUAAUGUUAUUUUGUGUACACACCAUGUGGUAUGAUUUGAUAGUCUGUUUGCAGCAUUUAGGCCUACACACUCAUAGGCUUUUGACUCAAACCUCUUGAGCUCUUUAUUUAGGCUACAGAGACAGUGUUAAAGGGGGCUUUUGGCCCUCUCCCAUCCUUAUACCAGACUAUGCCAUCCAUUUGUCGUGUCCUACCUCUUCUCAUCUCUGCUCUGUAGCAGGUCUGGGCCACCAAGAAUCAUUCAGGUCCUGCUUCCUGCAGGUUUCCUUUAGCAUGGCGCUAUGAGCUGGAAAAUGAUCUGCUUUGAUUCCUCAAUCAAAUAAUUCUCCAUAGCAAAACACACAGGGGUGGUGGCCGGCAGGGUAUAAAUAACCAAAAGCCAAACUUCUAUUUCACGCUGAUCAAACCUGUUCUGUUUGUUCAGGAAGUAUCCUGCUGGUUUAGCCUUAAGCUGUAUGUCCUAGCUGACCAAUAUGAGAGGAGUGGAAUCAGAAUCAAAGCAUUGUGGCGGUCUAGAUAGCAGGUCUUCACCUGUUCCUCUCAGCAGGGAGGGUUCGGGUUAGAGAUCUGACCUCUGCUGUGGUGUAUGUUGCUGGCCGGGAGUCUACUUUGGUGUCUCUACAUGUUUUGUUAUUGCUCAGCAUCAGCACUGUUUUGAUUAUGGUGUGUUUGUUGUCUCUCUGCAGACGGAGAAGGGCAGUGCCCUCCAUGAAGCAGCUCUCUUUGGGAAGACUGACGUGGUGCAGAAACUUCUGAGGGCAGGUCAGACACUGAUGCCUCCAUUUAGUCAACAUGCUUAUAAGAUACAACACAACACGUUUAUAUCCACUGAAUAAUGCAGAAAUAACCCCCUGCUCGUCUGUCUCUCCUCCCCUAAUCCCCUGCUCUGUCCUCUGUGUCUCCUCCCUCUCUCCUCCCUGGCCGUCCUGCUCCAGGGGUUAAUGUGAACAUGGUGGACAACAAGGGCCUGACUGCGCUGGACACUGUCAGAGAGAUGCCCUCUCAGAAGAGCCGGCAGAUAGCAGCUCUAAUCCGUGGUAAGAAAUACAGAGAUCAAUGGUUCCCUAUGGGAUUAUAAAGAAAGAUGACCUCAAACUGAUUUCAAAAAGUGUUUUAUCUGACUAAUGAUAUUAUUACUUUUCUUCCUUAUUUCUCUGCAGGUCAUAUGUCAGGAAAUCCCCCUGUUUUAGACUUGCCUCCUCCCCCUCUCCCUCCGCCUAAUGAGAGCCCUGGUCCGAGGAAAAAAGGUAUGUCAUAUCUAUACAGAAAACCUCAAGUUAUGUGAGCUGUUUGAGGAUAUGGUGUUAACAUGUAACCACCAGCCAAGGAUGUCUACCUGUGUGAUGCUGUGAAUGUUCACCUGUAGAAGAAUGUGUAUCAAUAUGUGUGUUAAAAUGUGUGUGUGUGUGUUGUAGGUGAGAUGGAGGUGGUGAGUGAGCUGCUCUCGGGGCUGGCCCCGGGGCCUGAGGAGGAGAGCCCGUAUGAGGCUCUGUUUGAGGCCACCUCCUGUCACUCUCUAGACAGCCUGGCCAGCGGGAAGUCCUCCGACAGGGACUCUGGACGGCCUGACAGUGAAGCCGGAAAGGUUGGUUGGAACUCUGCCUUCCACCACAGAAACGCACAACAUGUGACUCAAGAGGUUUGCGUGGCUGGGCAUCUAAAAUAUUUGUUCUCCACUAGAGGGCAAUAGUUCUCUGCAUUUAAUUGUUGUUGAGUGGACUGGAUUUCGAAAUUAUGACAGCAUAUCUCUUUAACACUAGAAAAGCCUGGGACAAUGACGAGUCUUUUGGACGUCAACAUUCUAACAGUCUAAUAAAUACAUUUCAUAUAAUCAUUUGGUUGUGUUUAUGAAGGUCUUAGGUAACAUUACACUACGAAAGAAAAUGUGUUUCAAAGAACACAGUAGCAUUUUCAUUAGUUUAUGUAACUGUAGGCUAUAUGUACAAAUGAAAAACCACUAAAACACCACAAUUCAAGUGUUAAAAUCCAUUAAAUAAAAAUUAUCAGAAAGAAAAUGCAUUAUUAAUUUGUUAAGGGCAAGUCUUAAGGAACAUUAUGAAACUAAGAUAAUGCAUUUCAAAAGAACAGAAUGGCAUAUUUAGAGAUUAAAUAUAUUACUGCGCUUUGAAUGUUGCAUGUACAAAAAGGCCCGAGGGCUUUUCACGCACAACAGUGUCUAGGCUUUACUGAGAAUGGUGCGACAAACAAAAAAACAUACAGUCAGCGGCAUUCCUGUGUGUAAAAACAGCUUGUUGAUGGGAGAGGUCAAAGGAGAAUGGCAAAAAUCGUGCAAGCUAACAGGCGGACAACAAACAGAUAAAUAACGGUGCAGUACAACAGUGGUGCGCAGAACUGCAUCUCGGAACGCACAACUCGUCGAUCCUUGUCACGGAUGGUCUAUUGCAGCAGACGACCACACCGGGUUCCACUCCUAUCAGCUAAAAUCAAGAAGAAGUGGCUCCAGUGGGCAUGUGAUCACCAACACUGGACAAUUGAGGAGUGGAAAAACAUCACCUGGAACAUGACAGCGAGCUCAGUUUACUUGAGUGGCCUGCUUAUUCCCCAGACCUCAACCCAAUAGAACAUCUUUGGGAUGAGAUGGAACGGCCUGUUCACAGCAUGAACCCCCAUCCAAUCUGCAGCAACUGCGUAAUGCCAUCGCGUCAGCAUGGAGGCAAAGGGGGGUCCGACCCGGUACUAGAUGGGUGUACCCGAUAAACUGGCUGGUGAGUAUAGUUUAGGUGUAGUUUUGAUGGGCCAUUAUCAGCUGUGCAGGCUGACUGCCAGUGAAUGAGGGCAGGCAAAAAAAAAACAGACAACUGUUUAUAACACAUUCUGCUUGUGAUAUUAAGAUUAAAAAAAUUACGGUGUGUUAUAUAGACUUAUUUAGGAAAAGUCAAGGACGUGGGCGGCGGGGGGGGGACAUUACAAAAAUGGAAUGUAUAAUUAAAAAUGUACAUUCGUUUUGCGUCCACAUGAUGCGCUCUCAGCUUUUCUAGUGUUAAAGCAAAAAUCUAUGUUUGAAUUCAAGGCUCCAGUUCAGCCGACCUCCUACUUCAAGAUAUGUGUCAACCGAAUGUCUGAGCACAGUCUAAGCACAAUCAGUGAUUUCGUUCUCUGUUUGUCAAUUACAGAAAGACCGGCUGGCUCACCAAUCCCAACCUGCCCCAGGCCAUGAAGAGGAGCUUAGCUCAGAGGUCAGUAUAUAUGGUAAUUAAAGCUCCUUUUUGAAGGACUAUGUUGCAAUGGUUGGGUUAAAUGCAGAAGACGCAUUUGGUUGAAUGCAUUCAGUUGUGCAACUGACUAGGUAUCCUCCUUUCCCUUUCCUUUCCGUAACUUUUGGCCAAAGCAAUCAAUUAGUUCCUGCUAGUUUUGUGUGUGAGGAACGAGCUAAGGACUGUGUAGAUAACCUUAGGAUCUAGUACAACCCUGAGAGAGCACUGUGGAGUGAUUUAUCUCACUGUAGGAGUCCUCAGCAUCACAGGACAGUCUGAGAUUAAUGCUACACAAGCCUAACAGAGGUGGUAUGGGUGUUCUGUACUAUGUUGACCCUGUCUCCCCUCUCUCCCUCACAGGCCCUAUACACUAACAGCAGCAUCGAUGAGAGGGGGGAGACAGCGGAGGAGGAUCACACGUAUGAACUGCUGCUGUCUGCCCAGACCAAAGUCUCCCAGUCUGCGCUGGACGCCCCAUCCCAGAAAGGUACAACACCCUUACAGGGAGGACAAGGGGUGUAGAAAGUGGUUUGGAUUGGAUCAAGGAUGAUAUUCAAAUCCCUUCAUGGUUCCUGAUUGAUGGAAAAUGAUGUGCGAUAAAACAUUGCUCCUUCAACCUGAGGAAUAAGGAGCACUUGCAACCUCUCCCCCGCUCCACCCACAUGCCCCCCUCCCUGGUGCUUUGUAAAGUGUGACCCUUCAUUCCUAGCAGCAUUACACCAGGGAUGGAAUGGAGCAAGGGUCAGUUUCCCAACCACUCCCUAAACCCCUCCUGCUUCCACUCUGGUAGUAACCCUUUACCUGAAAUACAGCUAAGGUUUAACCUCAACACCAUCAGUAGAAGAGAGCUUGGAAUAUGCUAAUGUAGGAUAUCCUACUCAGGAUGGUCCAUGCUGUAUCAGAGGACUCAUUUCUUAGCUUUGGCUUUUGAAUGACACUGCGUUUCAUUGGAUUAAAUGGGAUUGAAUUAACAGCCCAUUGGAGUCCCUGUCUGUUGAUAUAGAUGUUUUUAAACAGUCCCCCAGGCUUUCUGUUCUGUCACAUUCCUAAUAAAUGAAUGGUGUGUCACUAAACAGUGUCAUAGGAAUGAAUGUGGAGAGUCUGAUUGCUGAUGUAAUCACUUCCCCUUUUACUAGAUGACGUCCAGUCCUUGACUUGCAUUCCUCCAUAAUGUUGUUAAGAUGUUUAAUGGGUUGGUUUGAGGAAGUCUUUGCUGGCUGCUUAAUUGUCUGCUCUUCUCACUGUUUUAAGUGUCUGUCUGAGUGUCUGUCUGGCCAUUGUCUCCAAUACUACCCAUAAUAAUUAUAAAAUAAUUGGUCAUUUAGCAGGCGCUCUUAUCCAGAGCGACUUACAGGAGCAAAUAGGGUUAAGUGCCUUGCUCAAGGGCACAUCUACAGAUUUUUCACCUAGUCGGCUCGGGGAUUAGAACCAGCGACCUUUCGGUUACUGGCACAAUGCUCUUAACCACUAAGCUACCUGCCGCCCCAUAAUACCAUAUGCAUAAAACAUGAGCUUUAUUAUACUUCCCUUUCCAAUUCACUUUGCAUAAUAUCAUCCCUGGAAGUCUUGAGAUAAACUAAACUAAAUUGAAUAGAAAUUAAAUAUGAUAAUUUUACUACCUUACUCAUGAUGACCUAACUAACUGCUGUCUAUCCUGUCUCUCCAGAUGGGAACGCUACAGCCCAACAGUCUUCCAACAAUCUCCUACCUCAGGUAUGACCUGCAUCUCCUCUCCUUUCCUCCUCUCAUCCCUACAUCUCUCCCCUCAUCCUUCCCCUCAUCCCUCCACUCAUCCCUCCAUCUCUCCCCUCAUCCCUCCAUCUCUCCCCUCAUCCCUCUAUCUCUCCCCUCCAUCCCUCCCCUCAUCCUUCCCCUCAUCCCUCCAUCUCUCCACUCCAUCUCUCCCCUCAUCCCUCCAUCUCUCCCCUCAUCUCUCCCCUCAUCCCUCCAUCUCUCCCCUCAUCGCUCCCCUCAUCCCUCCAUCUCUCCCCUCAUCCCUCCAUCUCUCCCCUCAUCUCUUCAUCUCUCCCCUCAUCCCUCCAUCUCUCCCCUCAUCUCUCCAUCUCUCCCCUCAUCUCUCCAUCUCUCCCUCAUCCCUCCCAUCUCUCUCUCUCUCCUCCUCUCUCCCUCCUCUCUCCCCUCCAUCCCUCCUCUCUCCCCUCAUCGCUCCCCUCAUCCUCCCAUCCUCUCUCCCUCAUCUCUCCCUCUCAUCCCCUCAUCCUCAUCUCCCUCAUCCCUCCAUCCCCUCCUCCUCUCCCCUCAUCCCCUCUCCCUCAUCCCUCUCUCCUCCAUCUCUCCCCUCAUCUCUCUCCCCUCAUCCUCCAUCUCUCCUCUCCUCACUCCCCUCAUCCCUCCAUUCUCCCCUCCCAUCCCUCCUUCUCCCCUCAUCCUCCAUCUCUCCCCUCUCCUCCCUCUCCCCUCUCAUCUCUCCUCCUCCUCAUCUCAUCUCUCCCCUCAUUCCCCCACUCAUCCUCCCCUCAUCCCUCCUCCCAUCCCCUCAUCCCCAUCCCUCCCUCUCCCUCCAUCCCCUCUCUCCCCUCAUCGCUCCCCCUCAUCCUCCAUCUCUCCCCCCUCAUCCCUCCAUCUCCAUCUCUCCCCUCAUCCCACUCUCCCUCAUCCUCCAUCUCUCCCCUCAUCCCUCCAUCUCUCCCCUCAUCCCUCCAUCUCUCCCCCAUCCUCCAUCUCUCCCCUCAUCCCUCCAUCUCUCCCCUCAUCCCCUCCCCCAUCCUCCUCCCCCUCAUCCUCCAUCUCUCCCCUCAUCCCCUUCAUCUCCCCCUCAUCCCUCCAUCUCCCCUCAUCUCUCCCUCCAUCCCUCCAUCUCUCCCCUCAUCCCUCCCCUCAUCCCUCCAUCUCUCCCCUCAUCCCUCCAUCUCUCCCCUCAUCUCUCCAUCUCUCCCCUCAUCCCUUCAUCUCUCCCCUCAUCCCUCCAUCUCUCCCCUCAUCUCUCCCUUCAUCCCUCCAUGUCUGCCAUGCUGCCUGACAUCUGACUUACUGUAGAGUGACAUUUCAGCAGCAGGCUCUACCUUGCCUGUGCUCUGGAACGCUGUGUGAUGAAUAAGAAGUUAUUUACCGCUAGUAGCUACAUAUCAGGGUGGCAGGUAACCUAGCGGUUAGAGCGUUGGGCCAGUAACAGAAAAGCUGAUAAGGUGAAAAAUAUGCCAAUGUGCCCUUGAGCAAGGCACUUAACCCUAAUUGAUAAUGGCAGACCCUGGCCGUGAACCCACACUCCAAGGGUGUCUCAGGGAGUGUGGGAUAUGCAAAAAACACAUUUCCAUUUCACACGUGUGAAAUAGGACAAAUAUAAGCACCCACCAAAUGAUAAUUAUAUUUUCUCCUGUGUCACACACUGCUUGCACAGUGAAAGACAUUGACAAAGGGCAACAAAAAAGGUCCCUGGGUUCCUCCACGUUCUGCUUUGACAUGGAAAUCGAACCAUGAGGUCAGACCUUUUUCCCUAAACAUGUAUUUUUCCACCAUGGUACUCCUCCACCAUGGUACUGCUCCACCAUGGUACUGCUCCACCAUGGUACUGCUCCACCAUGGUACUGCUCCACCAUGGUACUGCUCCACCAUGGUACUGCUCCACCAUGCGAGGAUAAAUAUCUUACAUACAGGUACUUCAUCAGGAAAUAUGGCUCCCUGACUGAGGUCCUCUGUGUCUCUGUUUAGUGACUCUGUAGCCAACCCUGGCCACCGGGACUCCUGGAGAUUUACAGCCUCUCCCCUCACUCCAACUCUCUCUCCUCUACAUCUCUUUUAAUUCCCUCUCUCCUAUCCCUGUCUCAUCGAAUGUAACUGGAGGGCCCUAUAAAGCUGUCAUUUCUAUUUAUUAUCCUAUCAUAUCUAUUUAUACUGCCUUUUCAUUUUUAUUAUACAGUUAGCUGCCACAGGGUUUUAUUUGCGUUGCUCUCCCCUCUCCUCCCAUAAUCUCAUCUCACAUCUGUUUUUUUUCUGAGGUUCUUAUUUGGAGCAACUGUCCCUUUGCUGCCUAAUGUUUUAUUUUAAAUGAGUCUCUGUGUGGCUGGCUGGCUGACUGGCCGGCUGGCUGGCUCGCUGACUGGCUGGCUGGCUGGCUGACUGGCAUCCUCUGUGUUCUAAUCAGCAGCCAGCCAUCUGAGGCUAUCAUCCAUAUUAGGAAUGAUGAUGCACGGCAACGUGGAAGCAAUCACUGGGACGCUUUCUUAAUUUAAUAUCAUAGUGUGGGGCUAAAUUAAUCAUCUGCUAUGCUGUGAGUGUGGUGGUGGUUUUAGUUGGGAUUGACAGCUGUUAGUGUGCUCAUCUCUCCCCUGGUCUCCUCCAGCAGCAGAAGCCCACUGCCCCUAGUGACCUCAGACCACCAGGCGAGACGGGCGACACCCUGAAGCCCCCUGGACCUCCUUUGGUUGGGCCUGGACGGACAGGCCUCCGCCCCACUGGUGGUGAGUUACACCAUCCACAUGCUGUAUCUUCUGGAUGGCAGUCCCUGCUGGGGGAGCUUUGUUUGUUUCUAAGCUCCACGUUGACCAUAGAUGCAGUAAAGUGCAAUGUUCCCUCUAAGCUGCACGGGUACGCAGCUCCCACGGGACUGCCAAGCAGAAGAAAUAUCAGCCCACGCAGAGAAGCACGAGAUUGAACUUUAAUUAACUUCCUAGUUUUCCCAUUUAGUUAACACUAUCAUCGUUUCCCUCUACUGUGGGUAUUGCCAACAUUAGCCACUUUCAAUGCAACAUACCGAAACAAAACGGACUAUUAAAGACUUAGUAUGCAAAACUAACUAUGCAAGAGAUUUUCUUGUAUGCAGAACGCACCGGAGUAGGAUUCUAUUGCAUUGAGAGGCAAGACUCAGCCCAUUCUCUACAGACCAGUGUGGCAUAAACAAUCAGAGCUGCAGUAUCCCUAUAUGCAAGUAGACCAUUGCCAUAUAUGGACUGUGUUUACAGCAUGAGUGGUGGCGAUUAGAUGCGUUUGUUUUGAGAUCAAAGCGAGAGCUGCGUGUAGCCACAUGUAAUUGAGUUAUUAGCCCAGUUAUAGCUAAUUUCUAGUCAGCAAUGGGGGAGUGGUUGCUUCCUACAAGAGCACAACAUGUGUGCAUUUCUAGCCAUCUUUGAAAAGAAAGUCAGGUAAAGAGCAUUUGUUUUCUGUCUUAAAGGGGCAGUGUUAUAUUUUGAGACAGGCUUGAGUAAGCGAAGUAGCCAAUAGGCAGAGGGUAGCAAUUUGUCUGAUUCUCUGUAAUAAUGGUAUGGUAAUAAUAAUUAACCUUAUUUUGUGAAGUGUUUUCUUGCAUCAAACAACACAUUUUCAGCCACAUCGUUGUCUGAAGAACAAGUGGAUAAACAGGUUAAUGUCAAGCCCAGAAUAUUUUUUUCAAAAGUCUCACGGAAUGUAGGCCUACAUUGAACACCACACAUUGGCUGCUACUGUAGGCUGAAUGAUAGAACAGCUAUUUCCAUGUAAAAAUAUUAUGGGAUGCCUUUUCUCCGUUGUUUUUGAUGGUAGGCCACUAUGAUAGGCCUACAUUAUGAUCAAAUAGUCACAGUAGCCUACUUGGCCACUGUUAUAAGUGUAACUUAAAGCGGGUACAGCCUAACUGUUCACAAUAAACGCGAGCCAGAGGUUGCACAGAAUUUUCACAAUGUUCAAGUUUGAGCUCAGCAGACCUGAAAUUUGCUCAGUGCUUGAAAAAAUGUAAGGGAACAUUAGUAAAGCAGACAAUGGAACUCAACCAAAACCACAGAAAUGCAUUGGAAACGUGCGGGGGAAAGAUGCCGUUAGGGAAAGAUCCCGAAUCUCCUCAUUGCCACCCAGCAAAAUUAUCCUACAUUUAGUCUGUUGUUUAUAUGUGUAUUUCACACUGUUCAGGUAAAAAUCAGAGUAUAAUAUAUGGAUGCCAACCCCAAUACAUGUUCAUGUCAUUGUCACCAAUAAACUGCAUUACAGUUAAAAACGACUUUGACUACCACCACUGAUUUCGCUAAGGCUAUCAGCUUAUACGAACACGUGUUAGCAUUUCGCAGUCACUUCUUCUAAACCUCAAAAGGGACAACUUCUAAAUGUUAUGCAGCGAAACAGCCUAAUAUAUCCAAAUGGGACUUUAGAAACCACAUUGUGGGUCUGUUACAAUACAUCAAUCAUGACGGAUUUGACGAACAUCCUUUUUGUUAGAUCAGAUUUGUUAAAUGUGCUCCAAUCCAACAACCUUCUAUCCCCCAUGGUCCCCGAUUUCUCACUGCUAUACUCUAGUUACAGCUACCGGGUCAUGAGCAACUCUAUGCUCUUCUCUGACUCUGAGGAGCCAAAGGAGAGAGGCAAUUUGCUUGAGGAACUUGGCCAAACAUAACCCAUGUAUGUCACUGUAACUGUAAUGUAAGAAAUACAUUAGCAUCUGACUGCAGAGUGAGAUUGGUAGGGUUGGAUUAGUGCUGCCUGGGAAUGUAUGAUUGGCAUUCCAGAGGCACAGCAGCUCCGGGUCUGGAUUAGGAUUGUUUAGAUCAGGCUGAAUUACAUUCUCUGGCAAGCCAGCUGAAGAAAACUAAUUGGGUUUGUCACAUGGAACAGAAUUCUUGAUCAGAUUUGACCAUACACUGUGUUCCUAUCUAAGAACCCCAAGCCUACUUACAGUAAUACAGUACUAGAAAUGCAACAUAGCACACUUUGUGCAUUGGUUGGAGAUGGGACAAUUUAUAUCUCAUCCCCUUCCCUCUUGCUGUCUAGUUCUUUGUUUAUCUUGCUACGUUCGCCGGUUCUCUCAUACGAACACCAUAGAAGACGCAUGCAUAUCCAAGCAGGGCAUAAUCAUGCAGACAACACAGACGCAUAGCGACACGUAGCUAAGCAUGCUGUGUCUGUGAUAGAGAUGUUUGUGGACUGUGUCUGUGAUAGAGAUGUGUGCUGUUUGGGGACUGUGUCUGUGAUGGAGAUGUGUGCUGUUUGGGGACUGUGUCUGUGAUAGAGAUGUGUGCUGUUUGGGGACUGUGUCUGUGAUUGAGAUGUGUGCUGUUUGGGGACUGUGUCUGUGAUGGAGAUGUGUGCUGUUUGGGGACUGUGUCUGUGAUGGAGAUGUGUGCUGUUUGGGGACUGUGUCUGUGAUGGAGAUGUGUGCUGUUUGGGGACUGUGUCUGUGAUAGAGAUGUGUGCUGUUUGGGGGCUGUGUCUGUGAUAUAGAUGUGUGCUGUUUGGGGACUGUGUCUGUGAUAGAGAUGUGUGCUGUUUGGGGACUGUGUCUGUGAUAGAGAUGUGUGCUGUUUGGGGACUGUGUCUGUGAUGGAGAUGUGUGCUGUUUGGGGACUGUGUCUGUGAUAGAGAUGUGUGCUGUUUGGGGACUGUCUGUGAUAGAGAUGUGUGCUGUUUGGGGACUGUGUCUGUGAUAGAGAUGUGUGCUGUUUGGGGACUGUGUCUGUGAUGGAGAUGUGUGCUGUUUGGGGACUGUGUCUGUGAUAGAGAUGUGUGCUGUUUGGGGACUGUCUGUGAUAGAGAUGUGUGCUGUUUGGGGACUGUAUCUGAUAGAGAUGUGUGCUGUUUGGGGACUCUAAUAGAAACAGGUGGGCCCAGUCCCUCCCCAUUACCAUCUGAAAGCAGCUGCCUCUCAGGGAUUGGGAUUAGGGCCCUGCUCACACUCCCUGCUACUGCCCCCGCCCCGUCACAUCUCUCCCCCUCCCCAUCGAGGCUGUGUGUGUGUGUGUGAUGGAGACAUGCCCUGUCAGCAGCAGCAGCAGAGAGGGAGCAGAGCACCUGUCACACACAUUCUGCCUUCCUCAGCAGGAAGGAAUCACAGAGGAUGCCCAACAGAUUCCACAUGCCUCCUGUUUCACAGGCAUCUAACCACACAUAGUGCACUACUCUCACCCACGGAGUAAAUUGGGUGCUGAAGAGAUUUCACAUACUGAAUAGUGAUAAAGUUAUCUGCCAUAGACAUAAUAUCUUCUGACUAUCAGGUUAUGUGGCCUUGGCCAGAGUGAACCCAUACAGGAGAGGCUAGCAUCACUAGAUAGAUGAUAGCCUGCUAAAUUCUCAGGGCAUAUCUAUUUGCUAGCUUGACUGUAGUGAGAACCACAGCGGUGUUUAGUGGUUUCUGCCUGCUGUGGGGACCUGUGGAGAGUGCAGCACACUGCCCAUCCUGGCCUUGCACUUGGCCAAUAGUGAAUGAUUAGAAUUGGGAUGUUCUCCAGCACCCAAACAGACGAAUCAAUGUGUGUGUCAGUUUAACAUCAAAUCAAAUCCAAUUUUAUUGGUCACAUACACAUGUUUAGCAGAUGGUAUUGUGGGUGUAGCGAAAUGCUUGUGUUUCUAGCUCCAACAGUGCAGUAGUAUCUAACAAAUCACAACAAUACACAUAAUACACACAAUCUAAAAGUAAAAGAAUGGAAUUAAGAAAUAUAUCAAUAUUAGGACGAGCAAUGUCAGAGUGGCAUAGACUAAAAUACAGUAGAAUAGAAUACAGUAUAUACAUAUGAGAUGAGUAAAGCAGAAAUAUUUAAACAUUAUUAAAGUGACUAGUGUUCCAUUAUUAAUGUGGCCAGUGAUUUCAUGUCUAUGUACAUAGGGCAGCAGCCUCUAAGGUGCAGGGUUACGUAACCGGGUGGAAGCCGCCUAGUGAUGGCCAUUUAACAGUCUGAUGGCCUUGAGAUAGAAGCUGUUUUUCAGUCUCUCGGUCCCAGCUUUGAUGCACCUGUACUGACUUCGCCUUCUGGAUGAUAGCGGGGUGAACAGGCAGUGGCUCGGGUGGUUGUUGUCCUUGUGGUUGUUGUCCUUGAUGAUCUAUUUGGCCUUCCGGUGACAUCGGCUGCUGUAGGUGUCCUGGAGGGCAGGUAGUUUGCCCCCGGUGAUGUGUUGGGCAGACCACACCAUCCUCUGGAGAGCCCUGCGGUUACGGGCGGUGCAGUUGCCGUACCAGGCGGUGAUACAGCCGGUCAGGAUGCCCUCAAUUGUGCAUCUCUAAAAGUUUGAGGGUUUUAGGUGCCAAGCCAAAUUUCUUCAGCCUCCUGAGGUUGAAGAGGCGCUGUUGCACCUUCUUCACCACACUGUCUGCGUGGGUGGACCAUUUCAGAUCGUCAGUGAUGUGUACACCGAGUAACUUGAAGCUUUCCACCUUCUCCACUGCGGUCCCGUCGAUGUGGAAAGGGGCGGCGUGCUCCCUCUGCUGUUUCCUGAAGUCCACGAUCAGCUCCUUUGUUUUGUUGACGUUGAAUGAGAGAUUAUUUUCCUGGCACCACACUCCCAGGGCCCUCACCUCCUCCCUGUAGGCUGUCUUGUCAUUGUUGGUAAUCAGGCCUACUACUGUUGUGUGUCUGAAAACUUGAUGAUUGUGUUGGAGGCGUGCGUGGCCACGCAGUCAUGGGUGAACAGGGAGUACAGGAGGGGGCUGAGCACGCACCCUUGUGGGGCCCCAUUGUUGAGGAUCAGCGAAAUGGUGUUGUUUCCUAACUUCACUACCUGGGGGCGGCCCGUCAGGAAGUCCAGGACCCAGUUGCACAGGGCGGGGUUCAGACCCAGAGCUUAAUGAUGAGCUCCGAGAGUACUAUGGUGUUGAAUGCUGAGCUAUAGUCAAUGAACAGCAUUCUUACAUAGGUAUUCCUCUUGUCCAGAUGGGAUAGGGCAGUGUGCAGUGUGAUGGCGAUUGCGUUGUCUGUGGAUCUAUUGGGGCGGUAAGCAAAUUGAAGUGGGUCUAGGGUGUCAGGUAAGGUAGAGGUGAUAUGAUCCUUAACUAGCCUCUCAACAAUGUCCAUUACAAAGUGCUGUCCUUCUCAGUCUCUAUUACAUUUACAUUUACGUCAUUUAGCAGAGCGACUUACAAAUUGGUGCAUUCACCUUAUAGCCAGUGGGAUAAGCACUUUACAAAGUUUUUUAUUUUAUUUUUGGGGGGGGGGUAGAAUGAUUACUUUAUCCUAUCCCAGGUAUUCCUUAAAGAGGUGGGGUUUCAAAUGUUUCCGGAAGGUGGUGAGUGACUCCGCUGUCCUGGCGUCGUGAGGGAGCUUGUUCCACCAUUGGGGUGCCAGAGCAGCGAACAGUUUUGACUGGGCUGAGCGGGAACUGUGCUUCCGCAGAGGUAGGGGAGCCAGCAGACCAGAGGUGGAUGAACGCAAUGCCCUCAUUUGGGUGUAGGGACUGAUCAGAGCCUGAAGGUACGGAGGUGCCGUUCCCCUCACAGCUCCGUAGGCAAGCACCAUGGUCUUGUAGCAGAUGCGAGCUUCAACUGGAAGCCAGUGGAGUGUGCGGAGGAGCGGGGUGACGUGAGAGAACUUGGGAAGGUUGAACACCAGACGGGCUGCGGCAUUCUGGAUGAGUUGUAGGGGUUUAAUGGCACAGGCAGGGAGCCCAGCCAACAGCGAGUUGCAGUAAUCCAGACGGGAGAUGACAAGUGCCUGGAUUAGGACCUGUGCCGCUUCCUGUGUAAGGCAGGGUCGUACUCUCCGAAUGUUGUAGAGCAUGAACCUACAGGAUCGGGUCACCGUCUUGAUGUUAGCGGAGAACGACAGGGUGUUGUCCAGGGUCACGCCAAGGCUCUUCGCACUCUGGGAGGAGGACACAACGGAGUUGUCAACCGUGAUGGCGAGAUCAUGGAACGGAAUCUCUAUCACAUAUACACACACAUACAUAAAGGUUCCCCACUAACAAAUAACGUCAAUUGAAUAAUUUUUACUUUUCCAUUAAGAUUGAGGUCAGAAUAUCAAUAGUUUUGUGCCUGUAGUUUUACAUUUAAUUCUAACACAUGACAUACAGAGCUAAAAGUGCUCUCCAAUCUGAGUACAGAAAAGCAAUUUCCCCAGGGGCUGUAAAUAAAUUGGCCUACAUACUGUCUCUCUGUGACAUCAAUACAGCAUUAACUGUAGAAUUAACUUGACAUCACUUGUAAAACUCGCAGCUCACAAGGCCACCAAAUGAAACACACACACACACACACACACACACACACACACACACACACACACACACACACACACGUUCUCUAACCAGUGACCUCAUCCCUCCAUAAAAGCAGUGUAAAUAUCCGUAUGUCUCUCAUUGGGGUUACUGACUGUCUCAAAGUGUUUCCAGCCCCAGUUGAAUCAUGGUUGUAGUAGACUGGGUCCAGGACGUUCAGGAAAGGGUUAACACACUGGGGGAUUGUUGGAUUCGCUCAUCUCCAGCUGCCAAGGACAGGGUGGCUGUGGUCUCUCCAUGUGUUUAUACACACACACUGACACACAUAUCUUUCCAAAUUGAGUAGCAGGCAGCUGAGUGUAGAUGGGCACAGGGCGUUGGUACUCUGCCUCACUGCAUAUGGCCUGUAAGCUAAACAGUGCGUAUAGCGCAUAGUGUACCAGCUCCUAGUUGAACUGUAUUUAUCACUACCCAGCUGACAUACAGGGUGGAGUAACUGUUACUGUUUCCCCUGGACAGAUAUGCAUCUCUAAUGGAGCUCUUUUUAGAGUUUAAUAUAUCCUUUUGAGAGCUGUUUGAAUGGUAUUGGCAACCUUAUGUCCUGUUGAGAGAGAGCUUAACUAAAGCUGUUUCUUCAGUAGAAUGCUUGGUGUAACUGCAGUCUUUUUGUAGCUGUCCUCUGCUCUGAAGGACAAACUAAUACACACAGAAUGGGUCACUGCCCCGCAGUGACGUCACUGACACUGGCCCAGUUUCCCUGUCACCAAACACCACGACCCUCUCACCGGGUUGGCAGAGUGGCAAUGAGAGCACGCGCACACACACACACAUAAACAAAGCAGCACGGCACAGAACAUCCCCCCUCCAACACACACACGUUAACCGUGUGUCAGACGCCUAAUUAUCCGGAUUGUGGCUGAGAGAGACUGUUGAGUGGAUGGAGUGAUCCCAGAGUUUCCAUCCUGGAGAUGCAGUCAGCGGCUAGUGAGUCGGGACAGGCAGGCAGAGAGCUCACACAGCUACAGCUCUACAUAGCUUCGGUUUACACAGCUCCGGCUCAGGGAGAAGUAUUAGCAGGGAGGGACAGAGGGGGGAGCUUGCCAGGCAGAAGGGGAACAGAGGCACAACCUGGCUCAACUCUCAUCCUGUGGUCGAAAAGCAGGCUUGGGUGUCAGUGUCUCCUUCGAGAGAGAGAGAGAGAGGGGGAGAGAAAGAGGGCCUGUUUUUGUGAGGGGAAAAGCGUAUUGUUUUCAACUGGAUCGGCUGUACAGAAUCUGUAAGCAGGGAUUGUUUUCAUGCUGUAGCUCAAGGCGGAGGAAGUAAGUUUCUGUUUGUUCUCGUGUUUCUCUGUCUGUGUCUAUAUGUGUUUUAUAGUGUGUGUGUGUGUGUGCGCGUGUGCACAGUUUGUGCAGUAUGCUUGUUGUCUUUAUCCUAUCGGGUUUCUUCCUUUGCUGAUUUCCUGUGGGGAUUCCUCAGUGCUGUAUCUUUUCUGUGGAACCUGACCUCAUACAGGGGCUGCUGCUGGUUAGCUCAUAGGGAUUGAGACACACACAGAGACAGGCAGGGAUGGAGGAGUGAAAAGAAACGGCAGAGCAUUUAGUAAUGUAACAAACUUCCAAACACCCAGAGAGAUGGCUGCAAGCUGGGAUUGGAAUUCUCUGUCUUCCAGUGCUUCGGACAGCAUUCUGUAGGUCCGUCUCUCUCUCCCUCUCUCUCUCUCUCCCUCUCUCUCUCUUUCCCUCUCUCAUGCCCAUUUGAAAACAAUCACUGAUCUGUUUCUGGGGCGGUGUUGCUAGAUAUCUCGUCUCAGUCUCAGUCCGGCCUCCUGCCUGCCCUGACGCACCACUCCCUGCUCCCUCUUCUUUAGUCUCUCCCCCUAACCCUCCUUGUCCCCUCUCUACUCUGCAGAUAACUCCCUGCUCGGCCAGGACCUGGUCACAGUACCUGAAGUGUUCACAGGCCUCCUGCACGGAUCCUCGCCUGUCUUUGACUGUCGGGAGGAGCCCCUCAGCAGGCUGCCAGGUGGAGUACUGGCACAGUCCAGCCAAGGCCAACAGCCGGCGCCAGCUCCAACGGUACCCACCAAAACAACAGAAACUCCGCCUCUGCCUCCUCCAAACAUCAACAUGGCUGCCAUCCUGACAGACUGUGACCCCAAAGCCAUCUAUGCCACUGUGUACAAGGGGGUGCCCAGAGACAGAGACAGGGUGAGGGACUUUGGGUCUGGGGCUGUGCCUGCUGGCAGGAUGCGUCCCCCUGGGGACCUGAAGCUGGCCCGCAGCCUCUCCAAGUCGGACUCGGACCUGCUGGUAUCGCCGCCUAGCGAGGAGGAGGGAGGGCUGGGCAGCCGGAGUGAGUCCGUCUCCAACUGCAGCGCAGCCAAGAAGCGGCUGGAGAAGUCUCCCUCUUUCACCUCUGAAUGGGACGAGGUAAGACCCUUGCUUUACUGUUCCGUUGGUCUUAUGUUAUAAUGUGGUUUUCUGUAUUCAUAGUUUAUCCACUCACCUGGGUGAGUUCUCAGGGAUGAGUUCUAUACCAUCGUCAUAUAGUGUUACAGGUGAAAGUACACUACAUGGUCACAUUAUAGGCCUCCUCAUGUAGCUGUUGUCUAGACUAGUAAUCAAGGGGUUAAGCUGUACAGUAGAAUGACAUCAUGGAGCGGAGAGACUCAGGAACAUUAGGCAUGCAUGAGUGAGAUCCACACACACCCCUCUCUUUAGCCAAGUUUUCUCCCUGUCAGGAAAUCAUUCAUAUCUGCAAUUUUCUGCCCCUAAACUGUGUAAUAACCCUGCUGAAAUGA